CCCGAACUGUCGCUUAGAUACCACUUUGUCUAACGGUUAGCUAACUUUCAGUGCUUAAAUCCAGCUACUACUUGGCGGUAUUUUGCACGAAAAUAACACUAAUAUCGAUAAAGAAUUAAAUAUUUGUUGAUAUUAAUUUCCCUUUUUCAGCAGUAGGGCGUUGCGCGGACUCCAAACUUUUUAUCUAACGUUUUUUAAGUCCUUUAUCGUCCCUCGAUAUUGCUCAAUAGUGAAACUACCCGUCCUCCUGACUCCUCUGCUCUUACUACUACCAGGAUACAGCCAAACUUGGUGCCGGGCCAAUCAUUUCCCAGGAAAAUGUGACUGCUAGGAAUUCCCCACGCAUCAGCCCCUGUCGGAGAAAACUGCAACCUUGUGUCAGGAAGCACACGAAAGCAGCAGGAGGCUAAAGCCGACCGGUGACUGUACGAUGAUGGAGUUAUAGGAGCUGCUAGACCGUCUGUCAACCAGCACCGGGGAUCAUAAUGUUUUUCUAACAUCGCCGUGUUUUCAUGAGGACAUAAAGCCAGGGGACAUGCUGUGCUGAUGACAACUUAUACAAGGGUGUAGAUGCUCCAGGCGCAGCGGGACCCAGCCUCCGUGUCAGAGAGGGACGAGGCUGCUCCCACCUGGGCCACAGCACUCCUCUGAAACUCGUGGUCUCUCUCUCGUUAACCGCCCAGAUUGGAGAACAGGACGACGACAGGGAAGCCAUUUUGUGAGGUGAAGCUGAGCCAGGAGUAGUCGGGAUAUUUUAGGCUGCUCCCUGCCCUCUGAACUGAACAUGACGACUGCUGUGCAGCCCAGUGAGCUGGUGUUUGAGUUUGCCAGCAACGGGAUGGACGAAAUCAACCAGGUUUGCAGUUAUCUCAUCCCCACAACCGUGUCUGAAUCCUGUGGAGCAGGCUUGAUUCUGGACGACCCGUCAGUAUUUCCAGCGGUGAUUGUUGAGCAGGUGCCCGCAGCUGAUCUGCUGCAGGUUUACUCAGGCCUGGAGUCCGACGAGGUGACCAACGGCAUCAUGGUGGACACCACCCUGCAUGUAGUGGAGGAGCCCUCCAUGUUGGUGGGAGGGGUCGACCUCUCAGAAACAACGGUCUCUGGUCCAGAGGACAGCAUGGAGACGAACGAAGCGGCAGCAGCUCUUCUGAACAUGGAGUCUCCAAACAACAUUUUGGAUGAGAAGCGUAUGAUUCACACCUACGGCACUCUGCUGGAGUCAGACUUGACAUACACCCCUCUGAGGCCUGACCAGAUGGAUAGCAGUGCCCUUGACGUGUCCCUCGACGAGGACACUUCAUCCAUGGAUGAGAUCCCCCAAAAGUGCCCCUUAAAACCUCAGAAAAAAACCAAAGUGCGGAAGCCGCGGGCGGUGCGUCCCUGCUCCCCCAUCACCACCCCUAACCUGCCACUCAGGAAGAAGAGCAAAGAGGGCAAAGGCAACACAAUCUACCUGUGGGAAUUCCUCCUGGCUCUACUGCAAGAUAAGAACACCUGUCCCAAAUACAUCAAGUGGACACAGCGGGAGAAAGGCAUCUUUAAGUUGGUGGACUCCAAAGCUGUUUCAAAGCUGUGGGGCAAACACAAGAACAAGCCCGACAUGAACUACGAGACCAUGGGAAGAGCUCUCAGGUACUACUAUCAAAGAGGCAUCCUGGCCAAAGUUGAGGGUCAGCGGCUGGUCUAUCAGUUUAAGGAAAUGCCAGCUGAUUUGGUGGUAAUCGAGGAUGAGGACGCAAACUCUGAUGCCAAUGUUAGCUACGGAAAUCAAAAAUCCACCAAUGGGAGGUCUGUGGUCCGCGGAGGGUCCAAAGCACACGGGAGAGCUCACGGUCAACACCACGUGUCAGUGAAACACAUGAAGAAGGAGCCUAAUGAUGAAUAUCUGUACCCGGAAGUUAAUGGCGGACAGACGGAGCAGCUCCUCCACUCCGUCCAUAUGUUGCAGGCCAACGAAGGGUCGGCCAUCCAAGAUCCAGCACAAGCUAUGAGGGCCAUCACUGCUCCUGCAUCAGUUCCUAUGGUCUUGACGUCUCCCGGCUCUCUGCAGUCUGUCCCCCUCACCACUGUCCUGGCCAACGGGGACUCCUGCCACUCCUCCCCCCCACGGGUUAUUCUCCACACCAUGCCCUCCACCACCGCAGGAGGUAAAGAUGUGCUCACCAUCCAGACGGCCUCUCUCGCAGGCGGAGCCAACAGCCUGCAUGACGGCCUCUCUCAGCACCUCCUGGUCACCAGUCUGGACUCCUCCGCUGUCUCCUCCUCUUCCACCUCCUCCUGCUGCACUUCCCCUCCAGGAGUCAUUAGCUCCACUGCUUCCAACCUCAACGGUCUCCCCCGCCUGGUCACCAUCAACACCACCUGUGGGCAGACCAUGGUGGCCCAGCAGCCCGGCACUGUAAUUGCCACUGUGCUCAAAUCCAGCGACCUCUCGGGGCUGCAGGUCAAAGAGGAGAUGCUGGACCCCAGCUACUUCCAGUCGAUGGUGAACGGGGAUCCAUCACUGGCGGCGAGUACGUUUGAGAAAGAGGAGAUUGAGGUAGGGGAGGCGGAGCUGCAGUAUAGGACUGUGAUCAUUGAUAGCAGUCAAAGCCAGGGCCACGAGGCUGUGAGUGAAACUAUAAUUAAUGGACAUUUCUCCCAGAGCAGCAGCCCCAACGAGGGCUUGACCCCGGUGGAGGAGCUGGAAGUGCGUGGGGAGAUGUCCCUGCAGCCUGAGCAGGGAAUCAAAGGCCUGCAGGAGCUGCCGCUGUCUGUCCAAUUGCCUGCAAACUUUAUCCAGAUAAAGACAGAGCCCACAGAGGCUUAGGACUGCAGGACACAAGCUGAACCAAAAGAAAAAACAGACAACAAUUUAAUUCAUUUUGACCACAGACUUAAAGUUUUUGUUUUGUACCACAGUGAUCUGAUCAGAGAUCAGAGUGAGGGAUCCUGCAGCGUGUUGCUCUUAAAGGGUUGGUCAGUUCAGCCUCAGGAUUUAUUGUUUACUCACAGAUUUUGUGACCAUGUGCCUAAUUUUAAAAGAAUCAAGGGAGUGUUUAGUUUUUCUAAGAAGUCACUUUUAACAUUUGGGAUUAUUUCUCGAGUCAUUAACCCCAACACACUCACACAUACAGAUACAUAUUCAAAGAUACAUACACAUAAAAGAACCUUCCCCGUCUAGGAGAACAGCCAUCAGAUAAACCAGGGAUCCCUGUCUACCAAAUGUGCCAGUUAGUCAUUUUCUUACCUUACAUCUCAUUGGACUUGUAUGUUAAACGAGGACGCAACAAACCAAAACUGGGGACUGAAUGCCAAAAUGGUGCAAUGAAAUCAGACUUCUGAGAUCGUGCAGAGGACGUGUGUGUGUGUGUGUGUUUUUUUAGGAUGCCGUGUCACAGUGUCCAAUCCGGUGGGGGAAAAAAACACACACAUCUCAGAGUUUAAUUGAAGAGUGCCUUACAGGAAGUUCAAAACCGGCAAGACUCUUUUGUGGAAACGUCUGGGGAAAAGAUGAAAAACGGACUAAAUGGCUUUCCAGACUUUUACGAACUUAUUACUCAUUUAUUUUCAUAUAAACAAAAACAGGUAUGCAUUUGCUCUCUAUUACUCCUGGCCUUAAAACACUGUGUUACGAUGGAAAUGGGCAUUUUCUGUCCACCAAGGACAGUCCGACAUCAAAACUGUUUGUAUAGAGCUGCAGACUGGAGGCACAGAAAGAUAGGGAGGCACAAACGGAGAGAAAGAAUACGCAGGAUAAAACAGAUUUUAUCAGCCUCUGGCUUCAGGGGCUCCAAGGUUUAAAUCCUGUUUAUAUGAAAUGGAAUAUAUAUGGAUAUAUAUACAUAUAAUAUACAAUUGAGAUUCAGUUUUAAGGCCAUAGUGAAUUUAUUUAUUUUGUGAAUUUCUAAAUUCUGUAUAAAAAAGGCACAUUUGUCUUCUAUUUACAUGUGUAAACAUGAGGGAAAAUACAAAGAAUAUGAACGUUAAUACCAGGAAGCUUUUUUUUAAAAAGACCAACAUUUUUCAUUUGUAUAGCAUUCCAUAUAAUCAGCUUUGGUAUUUUCUUAAGUUUUGGACUCUGCAGCAUCAUUAUCCCCCUGUUAUAUUCUCUUAAUGUAAAAAUUGUCUGUUGUGUGUCUGAUUUAAACACGUUCUGAAUGUGCCUUCUUUUCAGCAGACAUACCUCUUUACCUUUUUCAGCAGUUAAAGGGUAACUUCAGUAUUUUUCAACCAGGACCGUGUUUUCCAAUAUUUUUGUUUUUAAGUGAUUAAUGGAGACAACAAUUUUUAAAACUGGUCCAGUAUUGAGAGAGACCGCUGCAUCUGGUAGCCGCGAAACAGGCUGCAAUGUAACAACUCCGGGCAUUUGUGCACUCUGUUUACGUCCACUGAAAGUGUUUGCUUUUACCACAGACAGGCUCAGAUUGUUAUUCGGACAACAGUAUGGAAAGGAUUUCUACAGAGAUAGACCUUCUUAUUAAAGAGUAAGAUGCUUUUUGUUUAACAAGUGACAGUCAAAAAUCCACUGUCACCAAACCAACCAGACUACAUUUAAAUAAACACCAAUUUAAUCAUUGUAAAACACACUUUAUUCAACAGAAAGAAAAUAAAACUCACAAAAGUCAUGUUGGUAUGUCUUUCCAUUGUUCCAUCAUUCAAUAACUGUGAUGAUGAAAUAAACCUUUCAUUUACCCAGUUAGAUGUGGAAAAUAUUCUGGCUCUAUACAUGGUAAAAUUACUGUUUAUUUAAAUAGAGUCUGGUGGGUUUGGCAAUGGCAAUUUGAGGGCUGUUUUAAGUUAAC